AUGGCUCUGGUUUUACCCUGUACAUUCUGUACUUCGCUUCAGCGACGUAGUUUUCCGAUCAAUCGUCGACAUUCUCCGAUUUUCCGUCGAGGAGUUACGACGUGUGAGUACCGGAUUCCUGUAGAAAUUUCCAGUCCAGGAGAUAGAGGAUCAUUGGCUGUUCCUUCGCACAAGGUCACUGUACACGAUCGGCAACGAGGAGUGGUUCACGAGUUCGAAGUCCCAGAGGAUCAGUACAUAUUGCACUCAGCUGAAGCUCAGAACAUUACUCUUCCAUUUGCUUGCAGGCAUGGUUGCUGUACUAGUUGCGCCGUACGUGUCAAAUCUGGAGAGCUGAGGCAACCACAAGCAUUGGGGAUAUCAGCAGAGCUCAAGUCCCAGGGGUAUGCACUUCUUUGUGUGGGUUUCCCAACAUCUGACCUUGAAGUAGAAACACAAGACGAGGACGAGGUCUACUGGCUACAGUUUGGAAGAUACUUCGCUCGUGGACCAAUUGAAAGAGACGAUUACGCACUUGAACUCGCAAUGGGAGACGAGUAG